AUGUCGUUGGCAGGGCUGCUGAAUGAGGAUAAGAGAAAGGACGGGAAUCAGAUCAAGAUCAAAAAGACUAGUCGUAAGAGUAGCACGAGUGGCGCGAGUAGCGUUGAUAACAAGAACACAAGGAACGCCAGGAACAACGCUAAUGGCAAUGCCAACGGUAGUCUCAAUGAUGAGCUGCGAAACCGGUACGUGCAACACAUGAACGCCCAGUUUAGGGAACUGGGCGCACGAGAUCUGCGAGAACAACGAUCGCAGGAUUGGCGUAUGUUGAGCUACCAGGAAUUCGAACUGGUGACAGAAUGGAACAACCAAUCGCGGGACCUGGGAUCAAACGGAUGCGAAAAAUUGCUGGCCAACAUGGACUUCACGGCGCAGGAAUGGGACCAGUUCCAGGACUACGUCAGUCACAGGGACGAAGUGGUGCGACAACAGCGUGAAUUGCGGGAACGGCAACGUCGCCAGCAGGAACAAGAACGGCUGCUAGAGCUCAAGGAACGCGAAAAGUCGCACGAGCAACAACAACGUGCCAAAGUUGCAGCGGUAGCGGCCACCACGACAGGUGCGAAAAGACCUUAUCAAGCCAACGGCAAAGAUCAUCCCCAGGAUGUGACCGUCGAUGAGGAAGCCCCAAAGAGCCGAUUCACCAAUGGCAAGACAAAAUCAAAAGCAAACGGCCGUUUGUCUAACGGCAACGGUGGUGCUAACGACAAACAGGACCACCAACAUGAUCAAACCACUCACCACGGGGAAAAUGACGACAUUGACGACCAACCGGACCACGACCUUCACGACGACGACGACGACGACGACGAAGAUGACGACGAUAUCGAGGACCAAGACGAUGAAGACGACCACGACGUGGACCUGGACGAUCUCAACGACAUGCCCAUCCCAGAAGACGAUGACGACAACGACGAGGAUUUCCUAUUGGAAGACGACAAAAUCGACACCCACGAGAAGUCUGGGAAGAAAGUGGAUCUCAGCUCCGAACACACUAAGAUCCGUCGCGAAAUCGCACGCAUGGUCAACAAAAACAAGAACGUCAAGGCCAAAAAACGUCGUUUCACCAACUCCACCAUUAUCGAACAUCUCCAGAGUGAAAAACUAGAAGUGAAAAUCACUCUCAAACAGUACCAUGUACGACAGCUCAAACGUCUCAUAGCAGAAAAACAACGGAUCCUGGACGAAGAAGCUGCAGGACCCUCAGAACCGGCUCCGAAGAAACGCAAACCGGCACCAAGCCACGAAGAGACGGUCAUACCAGCUUCCAUCGAUGGUCUUCCGACUUAUGGUCUCAAAAUGACCGUCAAAGAAGCCCGUGGUAUUCAGCGACACUACGACAAUACUUAUUUCACCAUUUGGAAGGAUAUGGCUCGUAAAGACUCCGCCAAAGUGGCUCGACUGGUCCAACAAGCGCAAACCAGUAGAAACGUCAAUUUCAAGAAAACUUGCGCUUUGGUGUGUCGAGAAGCUCGCAAAUGGCAACUCCGGAACUUCCGUCAAGCUAAAGAUUUCCAGUCAAGGGCUCGCAGAGGUGUCAGGGAAAUGUCCAGUUUCUGGAAGAAGAACGAGCGCGAUGAAAGAGAUUUGAAAAAGAAGGCUGAAAAAGAAGCACUGGAUCAUGCCAAGAAGGAGGAGGAAGAACGUGAAAACAAAAGACAGGCCAGGAAGCUCAACUUUUUGAUCACGCAAACCGAGUUGUACUCUCACUUUAUCGGCCGUAAGAUCAAGACCGAUGAGAUGGAGGGAAAUAUGGCCGACACCUCUUUAUCAUCACAAACCGAUGCCAAAGGGGACAUAGACCUUUCCACGACCGAGGCUACAAAAACAGACUUCAACUCGAUCGAUUUUGACAACGAAGAUGACGAAAUGUUAAGAAUGAAGGCUGCCCAAAAUGCUUCCAGUGCCCUUCUUGCCAGCCAAACUAAGGCCAAAGAGUUUGAUGCGAAUCCAGAUGAAGACGAUGAACUCAACUUUCAAAAUCCUACCUCGUUAGGUGACAUUACAAUCGACCAACCAAGACUGCUCACUUGCACCUUGAAGGAAUAUCAAUUGAAGGGUCUCAAUUGGCUCGCCAACCUUUACGACCAAGGUAUCAACGGUAUCUUAGCAGAUGAGAUGGGUCUAGGUAAAACUGUUCAAUCGAUUUCCGUUUUAGCACAUUUAGCAGAACAUCACAAUAUUUGGGGUCCUUUCAUUGUGGUUACGCCUGCCUCAACUCUGCACAAUUGGGUCAAUGAGAUAUCCAAGUUUGUUCCUGAGUUUAAGAUCUUGCCCUACUGGGGGAACGGUAACGAUCGUAAAGUCCUUAGAAGGUUUUGGGAUAGGAAACAAUUUAGGUAUGGGAAAGACGCUCCCUUCCACGUUCUGAUUACUUCCUACCAGAUGGUAGUAUCGGAUGCUGCCUAUAUUCAAAAGAUGAAAUGGCAAUACAUGAUUUUAGAUGAAGCCCAAGCGAUAAAAUCGUCCCAGUCGUCCAGAUGGAAAAACUUGCUAAAUUUCCAUUGCAGAAAUAGAUUACUGCUCACUGGUACACCUAUUCAAAAUAAUAUGCAAGAACUUUGGGCUCUGCUUCAUUUUAUUAUGCCUUCAUUGUUCGACUCGCACGAGGAAUUCAGCGAUUGGUUCUCAAAAGAUAUCGAGUCACACGCACAAUCGAAUACGAAGUUGAAUCAACAACAAUUACGUCGUCUUCAUAUGAUCUUGAAACCCUUCAUGUUACGACGCAUCAAGAAAAACGUUCAAUCUGAAUUGGGCGAAAAGAUUGAAAUUGAUGUUAUGUGUGAUUUGACAAGAAGACAGCACAAGCUUUACCAGGUCUUGAAGAGUCAAAUGUCGGCAGCUUACGAUGCCAUUGAAAAUGCAGCAGGCAAUGACGAGGCUGUUUCUGACCAAAACAUCGUAAACACCGUCAUGCAAUUUAGGAAAGUGUGCAACCAUCCAGAUCUUUUUGAAAGGGAGGAUGUGAGCUCCCCAUUUGCUUUCACCGACUUUGGCCGGAGUGGAUCAUUAGCAAGGGACAGUAACGUCCUCGAUGUCAAGUAUUCGACAAGAAAUUGCAUUACUUAUAGGGUGCCCCGCCUUAUUUACAACGAAAUUGUACUUCCACAGUUCGACAACACAGUCAGUAACAGAAACAGACUGCUUUAUCACAAGCUUAACGUUUUGCAUCCAGAAAACUCUCGAGAACUGUGUUCUGAAUUGGCCUCUUUGAGUGGGCAAAGUUCAGGGUCGUUCUACAAGUUGUCUAAUGAAAACCUUGUCCAGAAAGCGCUAAGCUUGAAAGGGGACGUGUCCUCCCAUCCCUUAAAUACCGUCUAUGAUAGUGAUGAACUCAAGGUGAUCAAUCAACGCAGGUUCAUCAUUGAAGAUCAGCAACAGUCGUUGUCAGAUCUCAGCAAAAGUACGAUUGACGAUGUUCUGUCCAGUCUGAUCAAUGUUCAGCAAAGUGCUUAUGAAAGGGAAUACAUGAAUGUUUGGCGACCUGCAUAUCAUCACAUUGCUAGUGCCCCACCUGUUGACGUUGCGGUAACCGGAUCGUCCAACUUCUCGCGCGUGAAAAACCUGGAGCUGUUCAAUCCUACCUUAAGCCAAGCGCUGAGCGCCGUGCCCCCUGAGAUUCAAUGCGAACUGCGGACAAAGUAUAAACUGCCAAUCUCAAUGUUCCCAGUCUCAGAGCUUUACCCACAGACUUUGAAUAAGAACUUCACCUCUGAAAUAUCAAUGCCGUCAAUGGAUAAAUUUAUCAUGGACUCCACUAAGCUCAGAAAACUAGAUGAGCUUUUAGUUGGUCUCAAAAAGGGCGACCAUCGUGUGUUGAUAUACUUUCAAAUGACGAAGAUGAUGGAUCUUAUGGAGGAGUACCUCACAUACCGUCAGUACAAACACAUUCGUUUAGAUGGUUCUUCAAAGCUAGAGGACCGCAGAGAUCUUGUCCACGAUUGGCAAACAAAACCGGACAUUUUCAUCUUCCUGCUCAGCACAAGAGCUGGGGGACUUGGUAUUAAUCUCACAGCUGCGGAUACAGUCAUUUUCUAUGAUUCAGAUUGGAAUCCAACCAUUGACUCCCAAGCAAUGGAUAGAGCUCAUAGACUGGGCCAGACAAGGCAAGUGACUGUUUACAGAUUGUUGAUUCGCGGAACGAUCGAAGAACGAAUGCGCGAUAGAGCUAAACAAAAAGAGCAUGUACAGCAAGUGGUUAUGGAAGGAAAAACUCAAGAGAAGAACAUCCAAGAGAUAAAUGCCGCCUGA